AUGCUGAUCCUAGCAGGGGCUGAUGUGAAUGUAUCAUACAAGGAUAUCAAACCCCCUUGGAUACAGAAGACCCCCCUCAUAACGGCAGCAGCCCAGGAAGAUGCCUCUCUAACUAAAAUCCUUCUCAAAAAGGGCGCCAAUCCGGACGUGUUCCAUCUCGGCUCGAGGUCGGCGCUGCAUGCUGCAGUUCAAAACAACCGCGUUGGUUCCAUUAGAGCGUUGCUGGACGCGGGUGCAAAUGCCAACAUCCCUUACGGGGAAGAGAACCAACUCCACUUUGAUCAUGGCUUCGGUUGCUUCUCCAGGGAUUCGCCGUAUUAUGCCUCAGAUUCAUUACUCACUCCCAUUGAUAUCGCGUAUGAAAAUGAGAAUGGCCAAGUAGUUGACCUUUUACUGCAAGCCAAGGCUCAUGCCGGUGGUUACCUCGCCUUUGAGACGAACUGGGAUCAAAACCUCAGCCGUCUAGCAUUACAGGAUGCCGCAAGGCGAGGGAAACGCUAUCUAGUCCAAGUCUUAUUGAUGGCAGGUGUCGAUAUCAAUACACCCCCAAGCAAUUUCGAUGUACAAACUGCGCUUCAAGCCGCCGCUGAGUCUGGGGACAUUGACAUGGUUCAACUUCUUCUAGACAUGGGUGCAGUUGUCAAUGCGCCUCCUCACACCAUUGGCGGUCUGACCGCCUUGCAAGCUGCUAUUUACUAUGAGAAUCUGGACAUCGUUGAACUAUUGAUACGACAAGGCGGGGAGAUCAAUGCAAAGCCCGCACCAUUAGGCGGACAGACGUGUUUGGGAGCUGCAGUUUCAACGGGAAACGUUGACCUCGUCAACAUGUUAUUGAGUCGGGGUGCUGAUAUCAAUCCCACACGCUCAGGCCCAGGUUGUUGCGAAACAUCAGCUUUGGUGUGGUCCAUCUCCGAAGAUGACCAUCAGCUGUUCGACCUAUUGAUGUCAAAGGGUGCCAAGCCAGAUCUCCCUCAAGACUGGGAAACGCCUCUGUGUGCUGCCAUCCGUGUGGGAUCGUUCGACAUGGCCUCUCGCCUGAUAGAAGCUGGAGCAGAUGUCAACCGGCCAAGUGAGGUUCAUAAUCCCAUAACCCUUGACAUUCAAACACCACUCGAGGUCGCUAUCGGGAAGAGGAAUAAUCAGCUCGUCAACCUUCUUUUAGAUUCCCAUGCAGACAUCAACUAUUCACACGACGGCAUGCGGCUUGGCGCGGCUCUCGAGACUGCCAUUGCCUGCAAAAAUCAAGACACGGUUCGGUUGCUGCUCUCUCGGGGAGCCGAUCCUGGCAGCGCCAUGUCGCUUGCCUCGUUAAUCUUCCGCCUUGAUUCCCCCAUUGAUCUCGAAAUAUUCCGAAUGCUCAUCAAUCACAAUGCUGAAGUCAACCCACAACCUGAGGAAAUGAAAGGAUUCAAAGACCCCAUUUACGGGUUCCAUCUAACACCACUUCAAGCAGCCCUUGAACGGGGUUACGAAGAGCUGGCAAGUAUGCUUCUAGAGGCUGGAGCCGAUUUCGAUGCUCCAGCAUUUUGGGAAGGUGGCAAAACUGCCUUACAGGCGGCAGCCAUGAGUGGCAGCUUCUCUUUUGUAGAAACCUUUGUUUCUCAAGGCGCAAAUGUCAACUCUCCUCCGGCAAGGGAGCGCGGCGCGACGGCCUUGCAAUUCGCGGCCAUCAAAGGGCACUACAACAUUGUUGUCUUUCUUCUUGAGAAUGGGGCUUACGUCAAUGCUCCAGGGGCGGUUAGGUAUGGGCGAACUGCACUUGAAGGUGCAUCAGAACAUGGCAGGCUUGACAUUGUCCAUCUCUUGCUUGAGAACGAUCCAGAGGAGGAGUCUUUGGGCCAGCGUUGCCAAGACGCAGCAGUGCUUGCAAAGAAGAAUGGACACUUCAUCGUUGCCGAGAUUCUGCGUGGGUGGAAGAAGCCAUAA